UUAAAGUUCAGCAGCAUUAAUUAUGCAUCUUUGGCAGAAAGCACAGUGACAUCGGCUUCGCGUAUAGGGACCUUCCAUACCUCUUUAUCUCGGAUAACAUCAUGCAUGAGCGGAACUUCGACGCAACGAGUAAACGAAGCAAAGGCCAACAAGUACGUCGCGCCUUCAAUUUUGUGUAUAUGUAUCGUUGACAUCCAUCAAGUACGAAUAGUUGCUCAUGGCAGGCGUUGAUAUGAAAAAUAGCCGCGUUACGAACGAUGCACCGGCAGACUCAGAGGAGCUGAGAAGGACCAGGAGUGACCCAGGGCCAGGAAGGGGCACAGAAGCGGCCCUCUCUGGCGGAUAUUUGUCGACUCAACACUCUCAUGGGCGCAGUAGGAGCGGUUUAUUAAGAGGAGGAGCGGCCAUACCCGCUGAGCAACCUGCUUUUUCAUCUUCGUUGUCUCCACGACUACCACGACAAUUACCUCAUGGAGAGGGGCGUUCGUCUCAGCCGCCAUCUCCUCCGCCUCCACGGCCCUCACCACCAGCGUCACCACCGCCCCUGGCACGAACCACACCACCGUCGCCAUCGCAACUCAUUUGGGCGCCCUCAAGUCCGAAUGUAUCGGGUCCAUCUGAGAGAAGUCGACGCCAAGAAACGUAUCCAAGGCAGACGCCGGCGCCGGCGCCGCUUUGGCCACCUUAUUCUUCGCCGAUGGAGGGAGGCGCUUAUGGGAGGCCACUCCCAGACAUGGAGCAGAUACUGUCAGCGGCUAUCGCACAAGCCAUGAAUGAUCCGCAAGUUUUGGCAAGGAAUAAUCCUCCAGGUUGGAUGAGAAGUCCCAUGCGUAGGCUCGAUUUGGACGAUGAUGAUAACCAAGAAACGUACCCUAACCCAUCAUGGGUGUGGACAGAUCCACAGCCGGCGGAGCCACUAGGUACUGGAGGGAUUAAUUCAAGGGGAGCUGCCAUACCAAAUGGUGGCUUUUGCGGCUUUUUCCGUAUCCGCAGGCAUAAGCAGAAAAUUAAGGAUGUACCAGCUUCUGAUAGUGAUAGUGAAGAUACUUGCACCAUUUGCUUUCAACGAAAGAAAAGCAUUGUGAUGAAUCCAUGCGGUCAUGAAUUAUGUGCAGAGUGCAACGCAAAAUGGAGUGGAACCUGUCCUAUGUGUCGUAAACCAAUAACGAGUACUCGCCGCAAAAUUAGAAGUAAGGCGAGAAUAACUUUGGGCAAGCUGAAAAGAAUCGUCUUGUGUUAGACAGGCAGAAGUCCAAAAACUUAUGAAUCCUAGCGUCCCGGGUGAUCAACGAAAGCCAGGGCUCAUGAGUUUUUGGCCUUGGAGCCGUCUAACAGAUACCGGUUUAAUUUUCCGUGAGAAAACGUAUGGCUGGGAUAAUAUACAGGGUGUCCGGAAAUUAACGUACUAGUUUCAGGAUCGAUUUCUUGGCUCAAAAUAAGACUUUUUUACCUACAUACAAAAACGAAAACGGUUUUUUUCGGUUUUUGCCCAAAAACGCUUCAUAAGUGAGCUAUCCACUUCCUUUGCUAAAUAUAUGCGUUAUACUUUCUUACAGUCCUUGCAAUAAAAAUUGCCUAUCUAGCAAGGAGCUUCGAACAAAUGAAUCUGUUUCAAAGCUUUGUCGCCACGCAACAGAGUUUAGGAGAAACUUUGCCAGUUUCUGGCAAAUUGUGUGCAGUACCUUCUUCGCUUGAUUCUUUGUGCUCUUUCACGUGGCUUAAUCCGUUUUUCCAUACUGGGUGGAUGUUGAACAACAGGUGGGUAUUUCGUUUCGCCAACAUAUAUCGAAGUUGAGCAAACUUGUUUGGCUCAUUACGUCAUCCAAAGGUCAUCACCCACGUAGUGAGUAUGAUGACUGCUGCUCUCUUAAAAUUGUCCGCACAAGGAAGUUUUGAAUUUCCGAAAGUGAAAGUUUCCACUUAUCGUCAAGAGGCCAGUGGAGAGCCCCUUGUCUCUGACUUGGAAGGAUUAUUCCUGCAUGUUUUAGAGCAAAAAUAAUAAAACAAAUUCAAAAAUUGACGCAUUGAAAGUAGUUUAAACUUUGAAGACAAAAAGUAAAAAAUUUUGAGAAAAACUCUGUUCAAGUUUGCCGGCUCUGGUGAUGCUUCAAAAUAGUUUAAAUAAACCUGGCCAGCGUUUUUAAGUUCACCCGUUGUUUUCACAACAGCUCAAAAUCCCGGUAUCU